AUGUUCGUGGACAGUGCGUCGCGGUGGCAACGGGCGUACGGCAUGCGGGCCAAGAGCGACACCCUGACGUACACGCGGCGUUUCCUCGCCGACCUGAACGGCAACGGCCCUCUGGGGUGUUUCCGCAUGGACAACGCGGGGGAGUUCACGAGUGCUGCCUUCGUCGCGUUCUGCGACGCCGCUGGCAUCCGGCGCGAGUACACCGCGCCCGACACCCCGAAGCAGAAUGCGGUCGUCGAAAGCGCAAUCUGGCGAGCUAUGAAGGGGGGCCACGCCGCCCGCCGCCACGUCCUCUCCAUGAGCUACUUCGACCUCACCUCUAUCCCCGGUAUGGACGCCAACGGACACCGGCUGUGGCUUGCAUCGGCGAUCUGGGCCUCCGGCUGCUUCAACCGUUCCGCGACGUCGGCCAACCCGGCCUGGAUGUCGCCGUUCGAGGCCUUCUUCGGACGCAAACCGCCGCUCAAGGUCGUCCCCU